AUGAUAUCUCAAUAUCUUGUUAAUGCAUACCUUCCUUUAAUAACAGCAGCAAGCAAUAAUGGUUUCGAAGAUUUACCAAUGGAUAUUCCAAAACUCAGUAGCACUGAUAUAACUAUCAUUUUAACGUUAACAAAGGACAUUUUUAAAUUAGAGCCUACAUUGUUGCACAUCAAUCAAAGUUGUAUUAUUGUAGGAGAUUUACAUGGUAAUAUUCGUGAUUUAUUACGUAUUUUUGCAAAGAAUGGUCUUCCACCUAAAACGAAAUAUGUAUUUUUAGGUGAUUAUGUUGAUCGUGGAGAAUUCAGCAUUGAAAUUGUCUCACUUCUCUUUAGUUUGAAGAUACUUCACCCUAACGACAUUCAUUUGAUUAGAGGAAACCACGAAUUCCUUGAUAUCAACACAAUUUAUGGAUUCAAAAAUCAAGUCCUUGAAGAAUAUAGUGAAGCAUUGUAUGAAGUAUUCAAUGAUUGUUUUGGAUAUUUACCACUUGCCUGUAUCCUUAAUGAUGCUUUCUUCCUUGUGCACGGAGGACUUAGUCCUAAGCUAACCUCUGUAAAACAGAUCGAAGAGGUUCAACGCCCCAUCCACAAAGUCAGUGAUCUCAAACCUCAGCAUCAAUUUGUCGUUGAUAUGCUUUGGAGUGAUCCUGAUGACUCAGAUAUCUUGUACCUUAAGAAUUUAAGAGGCUUCGGAUUCAUCUUCGGUGCUGCCGCUGCUUUGAAUUUCUUAAGAGCAAAUAAUCUUCAGAAAAUCAUUAGAUCCCAUCAAUGUGUAAAUGCCAUUCAGGAGCACUGCGGGUCCGCAGUAAUUACUGUAUUUUCCUCAAGUAAUUACUCUUCAAAAUCCAAUAAUACAAGUGGAGUCUUAGAAGUUAAUGGAUCCACUAUUUAUACUGGCAUUUAUGAGGCCCAAGAUCAAUAUAAGAAGAUUGAUGCUAGCUACAGAAAUGUCGAAUUGGUUGAGAGAGUCCCUUAUUGUUUCAACUCCAAAUUUAGCUCAAGAUUGAAAUCAAGUCAUAGUGUAAGAAGAGCAACAUAUGAUGAAAUCAAAAAAUCAGAAACUAAAAAGUCAAUAAAAGGAAUCUCUUCAUUGCCAAAGCUGGUUUGCAGCCCAAUGAAGCCAAUCAAAAACGAAAUCAAUCCAGCUAUGUCUGUACCUACUUUGUCCUUGGACAUGGUUUAA